UCCGCCCGCCCGCCCGCCCGCCGGGCCCUUGUGGGGAGGGACGCCCGGCCCCGGCCGCUCCGCUGCUCCGGCCGCGCGUCCCGUGCGCGUCCGUCCGUCCGUCCUCCUGCCGCCCCGACCCCCGCCCGGUUCCUUUGUGCGGCGCUCCCGGCCCGUCCCACCUCCAGGCCUUUCCCGUCGCCGCCGCCGGACUCUGCCCAGGGGAAUGGUCUGCGGGCCGAGGUUUUGGAGACAGGAAGUGAGGCGCGCGAGCCCCAUGAGCGCGCCUCGCCGCGGGCUGGCGUGCGGGCGCGGCUGCGGCUGCCGGGCGGCGGGACCCAGGGAGGCGGGCCGCUGAGCCGGGCGCGCGGCCCUGAGGAUGCGGGAGCGGGAGCAGGUGAGGGCGCGGGUCCCCGGCCGGCGGGCGGACGCUGGGGCCGAGCGGUGGGGUGUGUCCGCAAGCGGGGACUUCGGAGCGCGUCGGCCAGCUCAGGCGUCCCGGAGGAUGGGUCCCGGUUCCCAGACCCCUGGCAGCAGCGUAACAAAGAGAAAAGUCUUCCGUUUCCAGCACUGGCGUGGAUGCUCUCUUCGCCCGGCCUUUGGGGACUCGGUUGCUUUUUGAUGGCGGCAGCCGCUGCUGGGUGAGCAGCCGGAGACUGUACGGUGCUCCUGCGGUCAGGUCAGGAGAGGAUCGCUUUCUCCCGCCGUCACUACCACCGGAUUGGGGCGGUGCUUUUCCCUCUUCAACCCCUCCACCCGCGAAGGGAGAAGAUGCCACUGCCAUUCGGGUUGAAACUAAAACGCACCCGGCGCUACACGGUGUCCAGCAAGAGCUGCCUGGUUGCCCGGAUCCAGCUGCUCAAUAACGAGUUUGUGGAGUUCACGCUGUCCGUGGAGAGCACUGGCCAGGAGAGCCUGGAGGCUGUGGCCCAAAGACUGGAGCUGCGGGAGAUCACUUACUUCAGCCUCUGGUACCACAACAAGCAAAAUCAGCGCCGUUGGGUAGAUUUGGAAAAGCCUCUCAAGAAGCAGCUGGAUAAAUAUGCAUUGGAACCUACCGUCUAUUUUGGAGUGGUGUUUUACGUGCCUUCAGUUUCACAGCUGCAGCAGGAGAUUACCAGGUACCAGUAUUAUCUGCAGCUGAAGAAAGAUAUCUUGGAAGGAAACAUUCCUUGUACAUUAGAACAAGCAAUUCAGCUAGCCGGCUUAGCUGUUCAAGCCGAUUUUGGUGACUUUGAUCAAUAUGAAUCCCAGGACUUCCUUCAGAAAUUUGCCUUGUUUCCUGUGGGGUGGUUACAAGAUGAAAAAGUAUUGGAAGAAGCAACCCAAAAAGUGGCCUUACUGCAUCAGAAAUACAGAAGGCUCACGGCUCCUGAUGCUGAAAUGCUGUACAUGCAGGAGGUAGAGAGGAUGGACGGCUAUGGAGAAGAGAGCUACCCCGCAAAGGAUAGCCAAGGCAGUGACAUAUCCAUUGGAGCAUGUCUUGAAGGCAUCUUCGUGAAACACAAGAAUGGAAGGCCUCCUGUGAUAUUUAGGUGGCAUGAUAUUGCUCACAUGUCCCACAAUAAGUCCUUUUUUGCAUUAGAGCUGGCCAGUAAAGAGGAGACCAUCCAGUUUCAAACUGAAGACAUGGAAACCGCAAAAUACGUGUGGAGACUCUGUGUUGCGCGACACAAAUUCUACAGACUAAAUCAAUGCAGCCUGCAAACCCAGACUGUCACAGUGAACCCAAUUCGGAGGAGGUCGUCUUCAAGGGUGUCUCUGCCUAAGCCCCAGUCCUAUGUGAUGCCUCCCCAACCCCAGCUGCAUUAUAAUGGACAUUAUACGGAACCAUACACUUCCUCCCAAGAUAACCUCUUUGCCACCAACCAGAAUGGAUACUAUUGCCACUCCCAGACGAGUCUGGAUCGAGCCCAGAUUGACCUCAGCGGUCGGAUCCGAAACGGCAGUGUAUACAGCGCGCACAGCACCAACUCCCUGAACAACCCUCAGCCCUACCUGCAGCCCUCCCCCAUGUCCUCCAACCCGAGCAUCACUGGGAGUGACGUCAUGAGGCCCGACUACGUGCCGUCACACCGCCACAGCGCCCUGAUCCCGCCGUCGUACCGCCCGACCCCGGAUUACGAGACGGUCAUGAAGCAGCUCAACCGGGGAAUGGUGCCCGCCGAAAGGCAGAGCCGCUCGCUGCGAAACCUCAACAUCGGCAACUCGUACGCCUACAGCCGGCCGGACGCGCUGGUCUACAGCCAGCCGGAGAUUCGGGAGCACGCGCACUUCGCCUCCCCGCAGUCGGCGCACUACCCGUUCAGCCUCAACUACAGUUUCCACAGCCCGUCCCCGUACCCGCACCCCGCCGAGCGGCGGCCCGUGGCGGGCGCCGUCAGCGUGCCCGAGCUGACCAACGUGCAGCUGCAGGCGCAGGACUACCCGGCCCCCAACAUCAUGCGCACGCAGGUGUACCGCCCACCCCCGCCCUACCCGCCCCCGCGGCCGGCCAACAGCACCCCGGACCUGUCCCGCCACCCGUACAUCAGCAGCAGCAACCCCGACCUCAUCACCAGGCGCGUGCACCACUCGGUGCAGACGUUCCAGGAGGCCAGCCUGCCGGUGGCGCACUCCCUGCAGGAGGUCAGCGAGCCGCUCACGGCCGCCCGGCGCGCGCACCUGCACAAGAGGAACAGCAUCGAGGUGGCCGGGCUGGCGCACAGCCUCGAGGGCCUGCGGCUGAAGGAGCGCACGCUGUCCGCUUCGGCCGCCGACCCGCCGCCGCCGCGGCCAGUCUCCGCGGGCUCCCAGCCAGGCGGCUUCCCCGAGAGGGCCGAGCGGGACGAGGCGGACGAGCGGGGAGGCCUGGGCUAUGGCCACAAGAAGUCUCUCUCGGACGCCACCAUGCUGAUCCACAGCAGCGAGGACGAGGAGGACCCGGAGGAGGACGUGGCCACGCUGGAGGUGCCCCUGCUGCCGGCCCGCGCGCCACGGGGCCGCCGCUCCCCCGAGCCUCCGCCUGGCUCGGCCCGUGGGCCCUGCGCCCCGGUCCCCGCCGCUUUGGGUCCGGGCCCCCUGCACGGCCGCGAGCCCGGGCCCCAUCUCGGGGAGGCCCUUCGACCCCGUAGAGAGGGGCUGCUUACGCCCUCCAUGUCCGAAUCUGAUCUCACCACGUCGGGGCGCUACCGAGCCAGGAGGGACUCCCUGAAGCAGCGGCCGGUGUCAGAUCUCCUCUCCGGAAAGAAGAACGUCGUGGAAGGCCUUCCGCCGCUAGGGGGAAUGAAAAAGAGCCGGGUAGAUGCAAAAAAAAUUGGUCCUCUUAAAUUGGCUGCCCUAAAUGGACUCUCCCUGUCUCGACUGCCUCUGCCGGAUGAAGGAAAGGAAGUGCCUGCCAGAGCCACCAAUGACGAGAGGUGUAAAAUUCUGGAACAGCGGUUAGAACAGGGAAUGGUAUUCACAGAAUAUGAAAAAAUUCUUAAAAAACGGCUAGUUGAUGGGGAGUGCUCAACAGCACGACUCCCUGAAAAUGCAGAAAGAAAUCGAUUCCAAGAUGUCCUUCCCUAUGACGAUGCCCGAGUGGAGCUGGUCCCAACUAAAGAAAACAAUACAGGCUACAUCAAUGCGUCUCAUAUUAAGGUCUCUGUCAGUGGAAUUGAGUGGGAUUAUAUCGCCACUCAGGGACCAUUACAGAAUACCUGUCAGGAUUUCUGGCAGAUGGUGUGGGAACAGGGAAUUGCCAUUAUAGCCAUGGUGACAGCGGAAGAGGAGGGCGGAAGGGAGAAGAGCUUCAGGUAUUGGCCACGACUUGGCUCCAGGCACAACACCGUCACCUACGGGAGGUUUAAGAUCACAACCCGGUUCCGCACGGACUCUGGCUGCUACGCCACCACCGGCUUAAAGAUGAAGCACCUGCUCACGGGGCAGGAGAGGACAGUGUGGCAUCUCCAGUACACAGACUGGCCUGAGCACGGCUGUCCGGAGGACCUCAAGGGGUUUUUGUCAUACCUCGAAGAGAUCCAGUCUGUUCGACGCCAUACAAAUAGUACCAGUGAACCAAAAAGCCCCAACCCUCCCUUGCUGGUCCAUUGCAGCGCAGGAGUGGGAAGGACUGGCGUCGUCAUCUUGUCGGAGAUCAUGAUCGCCUGUCUGGAACACAACGAGGUGCUGGACAUCCCAAGGGUGCUGGACAUGCUGAGGCGACAGAGGAUGAUGAUGGUGCAGACCCUCUGCCAGUACACGUUCGUGUACCGAGUGCUCAUUCAGUUCCUGAAAAGCUCAAGGCUCAUAUGAGCUCCCACAGCUUGUCACGGGGACCGAUGGAUCAUGGGAAGCGUUUACAGCGAAAAGAAGUGCUUGCCUGAUCCUACUUCCUCCGGCACCCUGGGCCGCCAGAGACCGUGUGAAUGGGUGACGGGCACUGAAGGCACUGUGCCGAGCAGGAGGCCAAAGUCGGGAGGCUUGGCCCGGGACAGAUGCUGAGGGAGAAGGACUCGGUUCCCAGGGCCUCGCCCGGCUCCGGUCUGUCCCGUUUGCGGUACUUGCACACUUUGUGGAGGUUGUGUUUUCCAGACAAUUCUCUGUUUUACUGAAGCUAUGCUGGGCAACUCUGGCAAUCAUUAAGGCGCAUAGAUUUCUAUCUUAAACUAGUUUUUGAUAAUGGAAUUUUAUUUUAUGACUAAAGUAUUUGAACUUUCCGGGCGGAUGGUCCACAGGUGUGAUUGGUUCCUGUAUAAGUUUGUAUUUAAAACCAUGUUGCUGUUUCUCGUUACUUCUUAAAAACCUUGGGUACUUAACAGUUUAGUUACCAAACUCUAAACUCCGAGAAGAAUCUAAAAGUGUUAUUUUCAAACAUAGAAAGCAUUUUUAUAUUCAGAAAAUUUCUUAUUCUAAAAAUUCUAUAUAUUUGUACCUUCUAUUUUUUCCAGACGAGAGUUCAUCUCAACUCAUUAAGGUACUGAAAUGAAUGAAGGCACAUGAUUGAAAAUGUAAGAGAAUAAUCAGAUUCACCAUUUUAUUCGGUGUUAUUUGUAAACCCAAACGAGUUCGAUUUUUCAUUGGUUGAAAAUGAAUUGAAAAACCUUGCAUCGGAUGGUUUUAAGCACUUUUUUUUAUUAAAAACAGAUCUGAGUUUUGACAUGUGCUGCUUUACAGAUGAAACAGUAACAGUGGACAUUGCUCCAGAAGGAGUGUUUUGGAAGAGCUAAGGAAUAAGUUAAGUGUAUGUAGGAUGGUUCGGGCAAGAGUGAGUGUGGCAUAAGUACAAGAUGCCUUUGGCCAAAGCACAGUAUUAACUAUACUCAGACUGCGAGGCUGGGGUGGAGAGAGGGGGAGCUUGGGAGGGUGGGGGCCGAGCUGCCCCCAGACGGUGGGUAUCCCCGGGAAAUUCAAGAGCCAUCUCUGUCAUCUGUCAGUGACUGUUUCCCUGGAGUUUCUUAUACCUAAACUCCUUUUCUAAUAAAUAAAGUCAGGUUUCUGUGACCAUCAAAAGCCUUGAA